AAUUAGACGUAGGUGGGGGCUGGCAUCGGCAAUUUUAAACCCCCCAGGUGAUGUUAAUGCACAGCUAAGUUUGAGAACCACUGUUGGGGUGUGAUCACGGGCUGUUUUGGGCUACCCUUGUGGUUUCACAGGCAAUGCAACUCCCUUCCAAUUUUUGAAAGAUUUUGAUCUGGUGGUUUUUGGUUAAUUCCAUUGGAUGGCUAAUUGUGGGGGCUGGGCCUAGAAGAAAGGAUGCAUGGAUGGAUGGAUGCAAAGAAUGUGAGCAGGUGAAUGAAGGGUCAGGUGAGAAAAUGCCUGCCCAAAGCUGCUUGUUUGCUGAGUGCAAAUAUCAGCUAAGAACAGCUGACCUGCAUGGAAGUUGUUAAAUUAGCAAACGGCCCUGACCAUUUGCACGUGUCCUUGGAAAUAAAUACGGGGAGACGCUUAGCUGAGGAGGCCAUUUUCUCCUUCAGAUUUUGGUCUCUCUAAACACUAUGUGUUUCGAGUAAUUACUCAUUCCCUUGCUACUGAGCUCAGGAGCGAAAAGCAGCUGCAACAAGUGGUGAUUCAGGAACCCCCGCGUCCAGUGAGCAUUUUUGUCGUCCGGAUUACAAGGGGAAUCAUCCCGGUUUGGCCUCUACGUCCCAGGGAAUGUGCCUAACUGGACAAUCUACCUUUGGUUCUCUCUCUGUUGGAAGAACUUAAUAUGGUCUAAGAAGAAAUUUUUCCAGCUAGAGCUCAUCUCUGUAAGUCAUCUAUGAGGUGGAGCUGAGAUGAUUUUAUUACUCAGUGGACCAUGGAGAAGCAAUGGUAGCCGGAUUCUGUCCCUUGUUGAAGACCUACUCAAUUUCUUCAUUCCCCAAAUAGGACAAGAUCCCACCCUGCCUUCUAGAUAGAAUUUGAGAGCUGUAGAGGAGAGAAGGCUAAAACUCUUUUGGAAAGAAAAGCUCCCUGAACAGGCGUUUUGAAAAUCCCUUGGGGAGUUCUCUGUUUCACUUGGCUACCUCUGUCCGUAAGACUUUGGUGAUGGGGUCUGACCUCAGUCUGAGCUUGGGGGAACCAACAGCAAGAAGCAGGAGGGACAGACUCAUGGGAGAAGGCCCAGGAACAUGGGGCCAUCGUGAGCAAGGUCAGCGAGGGCCCAGGGGUGUGGGCAGAAGAGACAGGCCUUGGGUGCUCACUGUCGCCAGCUUCCUCCUGGGGUCCGUUCUGUGUCUCCUCCUCUGAACAGCGUGCCGCUCUCCACCUCCCUCAUCUUUCCUCUGUGGUGACAUCACCCUGGGGAAGAGAAGCUGAGAGCAACUCCGCACUCUCAGCUAGCUUCAGUUUCCUUAGAGGUGCCGUGACAUCAUCUUUACCCUGGAAAUUCCACCCAGCGUCCUGUGCCCCCACAUUCGGCCCAGGCCACAGCGUCCCUAUAAAGACAGCCUCCCAACCCAACCCCAGCACAGGACACAGCCGGGUUCUGCAGCUCCUGAGCUCUGCACUCUCAGCUCUGGGGAAACCUCUCCUCCACCGAGACCAUGAAGUUCUGCGUGGCUGUCCUCUCGCUGCUCGUGCUAGCGGCCGCCUUCUGCUCCCCGGCGCUCUCGGCACCAAUGGGCUCAGACCCUCCCACCGCCUGCUGCUUCUCUUACACCCUGCGGAAGCUUCCUCGAAAUUUUGUGACAGAUUACUUCGAGACCAGCAGCCUCUGCUCGCAGCCAGCCGUGGUAUUCCAGACCAAAAGGGGCAGGCAAAUCUGCGCCAACCCCAGCGAGCCCUGGGUCCAGGAGUACAUGGAUGACCUGGAGCUGAACUGAGCUGUUCUGGGCUCAGGGGAAGGAAGUCUUCAGGGAAAGUCACCCGAGCCCGGAUGCCUCUCAGUGAGACGCGCCUUCUCCACACUCACGACUCCUCGCAGUAGUUCCUGUCCCAUCUCUUAAUUUAAUCUGUAUCACGUGCUAUGCUAUUGUAUCGGGUGUUAUUUCCAUUAUUUAUGUUUGUUUUGCCAAAGGACACAUGUCCCCCAUGGGGACGGUCCACUGUCACUGUUUCUCUAUUGUGGAUAUUGUAGAUACAUGGAUGAUGCAGUUGAUUCCAUGCGUUUUCAUAAUAAAACUUUUAAAACAAAGGUAGAC